UUCCAUGUUCUGUGUACUGUGGGAGACCAGAUAUAGUGAAUGCAGGGAUCUGGAAGACCAGAUAUAGUGAAUGCAGGGUCCGGGGAGACCAGAUAUAGUGAAUGCAGGGUCCGUGGAGACCAGAUAUAGUGAAUGCAGGACCCUGGGGAGACCAGAUAUAGUGAAUGCAGGGUCCGGGGAGACCAGAUAUAGUGAAUGCAGGGUCCUGGGAGACCAGAUAUAGUGAAUGCAGGGUCCGGGGGAGACCAGAUAUAGUGAAUGCAGGGUCCAUGGAGACCAGAUAUAGUGAAUGCAGGGUCCUGGGAGACCAGAUAUAGUGAAUGCAGGGUCCGGGGAGA